GGCGAUGGUGGGGGAAGAAGUGGACGUGCCACUAUAAAACCAGCCGCUGCACGGAGACACGAUUCAGUUCCAGAGAUAUUUCAGAAGAGGCGCGUCGCUGUCGAUCGGCUCUUCGUUUUAAAAUUGUAUUCUUUUCUCUCGGGAGAUAUAUUCUUGGCACAGGGACUCUUUGUCUUUGUGCUCGCCUUUCGGUUUAUCAAAAACUUUGAAAAUUCCGCUCAAAGCAAGGAAAGUUUAUUCUCUGGGGGCAGAAUUCUCCUGACAGCCCUCCACUUGAAUACCUUCACGAGCGUUCGUUGGGAAUUAUUUUGGAAGAACUCGUUGCACCAUGUUCUCCAUCAUGACGUAUCGCGCUGCUCAGCAGCCUGUCCCCUGGACAGACAAUGUCGCUGCUAGACCCAUCGGAACAACUCCGACCGGAACAAGUGUACGAGGGAAAAUUAGCCAAUCAGUUCAGAGACUACUCGGUCGACCCCAACGACCCCAUUAAGGAACGCGUCAGGAGAACAUAUCACAACAUGCAUACUAAUCAGACCGUCGAGUUUGUUCGCUCGCGCAUGGCCGACUGGCUGCAAUUCAACAAAUUAAAAAUGACCAUCAAGGAUGCCCUAAUCAAACUGAACGACCUCGUUGACGAGAGUGACCCCGAUUCCGACCUGCCGAAUAUUGUUCACGCUUUCCAAACUGCAGAGCGCAUCCGCGAGGAACAUCCUGACGAAGACUGGUUCCAUAUUACUGGAUUGAUUCACGAUCUGGGCAAGGUAAUGGCUUUCUACGGAGAACCACAGUGGGCCGUAGUUGGUGACACGUUCCCAGUUGGCUGUGCUUGGGGCGACAGCAUCGUCUACAGGGAAACCAGCUUCGACGACAAUCCUGACGGCAAAGACAAUCGUUACAACACUAAGUAUGGUAUCUACAAGCCUGGCUGUGGCUUGGACAAUGUCGUUAUGUCCUGGGGACAUGACGAAUACCUUUACCGUUUCCUCGUUCACAAUAAAUGUAAAUUACCUGACAAAGCUCUGGCUAUGAUUCGCUUCCAUUCGUUCUAUCCCUGGCACGCAGGUGGCGACUACAUGCAUUUGUGCAAUAACAAGGACUUCGAUAUGUUGAAAUGGGUUUUGGAGUUCAAUAAAUACGAUCUAUACACGAAGAGCACAAGAGUACCAGAUAUCGAGAAACUCUGGCCGUACUACCAGAAACUUAUCGACAAGUAUAUUCCUGGUGUUCUUGAAUGGUGAAUAUUAGACGACACCCUAUGCUUCGAUGAAAAUGCAACUACUAACGAUCAUCGAUUCGAACAAUUCCAUAUACGGGUUAUUCAAGAGCAUUGCAUCUGCGGAAGUUAGCCUUCCCAUUUUAUUCGUAUGAUGGAACCACUUCCGAGUUGUGGAGUACUCUUGAAUAUUACGAUAUUUAUCACAAAACUGUUAUCAUUUACUCUAUGUAUACCGUGAGUGUAUACAAUACAGACAACUGUUUUAUUACAAUAGAAAAUAAAUGAUUUGUUAAAAAACUAA